AUGCAGGCCGCGAAACUAAUUAGCGUAUCCGUCGUGACAACUAACGGGUGCUGCUACGGGUCUAUCCGGGACAUUUGUUUCCCGCACGAGCGAACGAAACGGCAGCGAACAGAUUUCGCUGAGUUUCUCGAUUCUAUCGCAGAUGUAUUUAUACACUGUUAUUUUUCAAACAUCCGUCCGAUUCAAGUUUUAUUUAUAUGGCCUUCGACAGGUUACGAGACACGUCCUUGAGUUCUCUUAUUUCGGCAGUGUUCAAGUUACAUUGUUCAAAGUAUAACGUUUCAUCGAAAUUUAUCAAUUCUAGACGGAGGUUAAAAGUUCGUUAUAUUUCUCAUUCAUCCCGUACACCUAUGUCCCGCGAGAGUCUGUGAAAAAAACGUUGUCGCAGAAUCUUCCAUGUAAUGUAGAAAGAUAAACGAUUGUGCCAGGUGCCUAGGAAGCAGCUGGCAAGAUGGGCAAGCUGUUGUCAAAGAUCUUUGGCAACAAGGAGAUGCGAAUUUUGAUGCUAGGAUUAGACGCUGCUGGGAAAACUACAAUACUAUAUAAACUUAAACUAGGACAGUCUGUGACAACAAUACCGACUGUAGGAUUCAAUGUAGAAACAGUUACCUAUAAGAAUGUUAAGUUCAACGUCUGGGAUGUCGGUGGUCAAGAUAAAAUACGUCCACUCUGGCGUCAUUACUAUACCGGAACACAAGGACUUAUUUUUGUAGUAGACUGUGCUGACAGGGAUCGGAUAGACGAAGCACGCCAAGAGCUUCAUCGCAUUAUAAACGAUAGAGAAAUGCGAGACGCCAUUAUUUUAAUUUUUGCGAAUAAACAAGAUCUUCCAGAUGCAAUGAAACCACACGAGAUACAAGAGAAAUUGGGUUUAACUAGGAUACGAGACAGGAAUUGGUAUGUUCAACCAUCAUGUGCCACGACUGGUGACGGGCUUUACGAAGGCCUUACAUGGUUGACCAGUAAUCAUAAAUUAUGAGCAGAUAUUUAUUUUUCAUCGAUUAGCCGCAUACCAAGAAUGUACGUUUGCUUUCUAUCUUCAUUUUCGUUUGUUUUUUAAUCAUCAUGUAGAGGCUCUAUAACACAACUGACAAUGAUCAUUAAUAAGAAACUAGGAACGGGAGGGAGGGGGAAAGUAAUUCGAGCGUGCGAGACAGCAGCGAACAUAAAGCAAGCAUUAAUUAUUAUUGGAUUGGCGUUCAGUAAUAUUAAUACUAUAUAAAUAGAAAUUUAUCGAAGUACCAAAAGAUAUAGACUUUGUUACUAACUGUUUACUAAAAGUCCGUGGAAAAAAAAAGAAUAGUUAAUACAUCAAUAUCGAUUAGAAGUAAUCACGUUCAGCAUUUUACUAUAAUUUAUAUAUAUAUAUAUAUAAAAAUAUAUAUAAAUAAAUAUAUAAAUAAACAUUCGCGUGCGUGCCACAUUAUGGGAUGCUAACUAUUGUAAGUGAACGCGGAAGUUAUAAGAGCUACUUAUGAUAUUAAGGGGUACAUUCGAUUCGGAAGAAUUAUCUCCUCAUGCAUUCUUGAAUUAUCGUCCGCGCGAUUAAUGAUUCAAGUUUCAUAUUUUGUCCAGAACGAUUGGACGUCGAAUUCAAUCUUCACCGAUCGUCGUCGGAGCUACGUAAUAUGUAUCACAAAGUAAUAUUCAUACAUAUAAUCUCACUGAUGUACGUGAUUAAAGGUUCAAAGCACUUGCAUUAAUAACUUUAUAUAGCACGGAAGUAUCAAUUUUAAAAGUGUGUUCCUGCUAUCGUUUCGUUUUUCCUUUCUUUUUUUAGUAGUAGUCUUCCAGUUGAGUCACGUUUCUACGAAUAUCAACGGGACUUCUUUGAGAUAGAUAGAUAGGUAGAUAGACAGAGAGAGAAAGAGAUUGAAAAAAAACAUACUUCUGGCUACGUCGCGUGUAUUUUCUUCUGCAUAAUUUCAAGUGAAACAGUGUACGAACACACUUAUAUACGUACACCAAACGGGGUUGUUCUGUACGCACAAAUGGCUAGCCACGGGGCUUCGAGCUCGAGAAGAAAAAGAAAAAUAGGAACAAUGUUACCUAUAACGGUGACAGCAUCAAAUCUGCCAAUAUUUUUUACCAAUUAAGCGAUCGGAUUACGCAAAACUAGAAUUAGGUCACACGGAAAAAGAGUCGGACAGUGUUUUUAAAUGGGUGUCGUUCUCAUUUAUUUUUUUAUAACAACUUAUAGAAUAAGAGCGGGGUGUUCGUCGAUUUUGUUUCUCCGCAAUUGACCGAGGAAGGAAACGUUUCACUGUCGUUUCAAUCAGUCGUUCUCUACGUACCUAGCUUCGUCUACGCGUUAACGAAGCGUCGCGGUGAUAUCCGCACGUUGCUCUCGCCGCUCCGAUUUUCUUUUUACCGUUUACCACCGUUUUAUUUGCAUUCCACGAUUAUGUUAAGAUACUAGGAUUUUAACGAAUUGUAUUAAUUUACGUUAAAACGAAGCGCAUUGACAACAUAAUGCAGAUACGACAAGUU